AGGGUAUGCAAGUGAGCUCUGGUAUGGUAGGAAGCAAACAAGCAGCUCUGCAGUCUUGCCUCUCAACGCGCGAUGUGGAUGGAGCAUUGAAGAUCUGUGAAGAGCUCGAGCUCGAGCACGUGGGUCAGUGGGAGCCGGCGCAGGUGUUGCCGUUUUAUCGUGUACAGCUAUUAUGUUAUGUCGUGAAUGACCUAGUGAACGCAAGGUGGUUGUGGGAGCGCAUGCCGGAUGCCGUCAAGCAGGACCCGGAGCUCAUCGAGCUGUGGAAGAUCGCUCGGCUGUUAUGGAAGCAAGACCCUUCCGCCUUCUCCCACAUCCUGGACCCCAAGUGGUCACAGAGCAACCUGGGCGAGUUGAUGAAGCUCCUGCUCGAGAGGCUGCGCGAGAAGAAGCUGCUCCUCAUCUCCAGGAGCCACAGCUCCAUCUCGCUCCAGUCAUGCUCCUCCCUCCUGGGAAUGAGUGAGGCCGAGGCCCAGAGCCUCUGCAAGGGCAAGAACUGGGAGAUCUCUGGCAACUAUGUGAAGCCGAUCAGCCCACCUGCUGCUGUGGAGCAUGAUCUCAACCCGGAUCAGCUUCAAGCUCUCACAGAUUACGUUUGCUCUCUGGACGCCAGAUAACUUACCGGCACGGCGGGACUUGUUGACCUCCACAGUAAAGGCCCGACCCUGUGACACUGA